UUACAGUUAAUAAAAUAAAGCAACGUCUGUCUGAAGUUGUGUAUAAGUUGUGUGGAUUUGUGUGGAAGACGUCUAAGAGUUGUGUAGUUUAGUAAUUAUUUAGUGUAUGAGCCGUGUAGUUGUUGUAUACUUGUUGAUUAAGGAUUGGGUAUGAGUUGUGUAUUCAUUGUGUAGUUGUUGUGUAUUUGUUUUGUAGCUGUUGAAUAUGAGUUGCGUGUUUAUUUUGUAUUGGCUGAGGAAGUGUUGUUUAUGAGUUGUUGUGUAGUUGCACACCCCGUGCUUUGCCCCCCUUCCUCCCACCCAGUCUGGUCACGUGUCCACAGACUCAGACUCUGACUCCACUUCCUCAAAGCGAAGCUCCGUGGGCUCCGUGGGUUCAUCGUGUCCCGGGGACUGAACCAGCAGGAACCGAACCGGCCUCUCCGCCUUCUCCCUCUCUACCUGUGUGUGUGUGUGUGUGUGUGUGUGUGAGUGUGGCCCAAUGUCAGGUCCGAGGACCGGAGCUGGAGCGACCUGCGGCCCGCGGAGGGCACGCGACGCCGCCCUCACGCUCCUCGCGCUGCUCACCUGCUGCGUCAGGUGUGAAACCUUGAAACCGAGCAACGUGGUGCUGAUCGUGGCCGACGACCAGGACCUUCAGCUGGGAGGCUUGACGCCGAUGAAGAAGACCAGGCAGCUGAUCGGAGGUGAAGGAGCAUCGUUUGUGAACUCGUUCACCGUCACCCCGUUGUGUUGCCCGAGCCGCGGCGGCAUCCUGACGGGGCGUUACCCCCACAACCACCAGGUGAGGAACAACUCCCUGGGGGGCAACUGCUCCAGCCCGGCGUGGCAGAAGGGCCCCGAGGCCGAGGCCUUCCCCGUGUUCCUCAGCAAACAGAAGUACCAGACGUUCUUCGCCGGGAAGUACCUCAACCAGUACGGCCACAAAGAAGCAGGCGGCGUCGGCCAUAUUCCUCCAGGCUGGGACCAGUGGCAUGCGCUGGUGGGAAACUCUCAGUACUACAACUACACUCUGUCUGUGAACGGGAAAGCGGAGCCGCACGGGGACAGUUAUGAGAAGGACUACCUGACAGACCUCAUCUUGAACCGGUCCCUUCACUUCCUGGACGACCGGAGUCCUCAGCAUCCCUUCUUCAUGAUGCUGUCUCCUCCAGCGUCUCACUCCCCCUGGACGGCGGCGCCUCAGUACCAGAAGGAGUUCACCAACAUUCAGGCUCCUCGAGACGGAAGCUUCAACAAACCGGCCAAGGACAAACACUGGCUGCUGCGCCAAGCCGUCAACCCGAUGUCCAACAGCUCGAUCACCUUCCUGGACAACGCUUUCAGGAAACGGUGGCAGACGCUGUUGUCGGUGGACGACAUGGUGGAGAAGCUGGUGAAGAAGCUCGAAAGCAUGAAGGAGCUGGACAACACCUACAUCUUCUACACCUCGGACAACGGCUACCACACAGGUCAGUUCUCUCUGCCCAUCGAUAAGAGGCAGCUCUAUGAAUUCGACAUCAGAGUCCCGCUCAUGGUCCGAGGUCCGGGCAUCAAACCGAACCAGACGCUGCAGGCUCCGGUGCUGAACAUCGACCUGGCCCCCACCAUCCUGGACAUCUCUGGCCUCAACCUGUCGUCCGUCAACGUGGACGGGCAGUCGUUCCUCUCUCAGAUGGCUCCGUCGCUGCGUAACGGCUCGGCCCGACCGUUCUUCCUGGUGGAAUACACCGGGGAGGGAAGUCCAACCGCUGACCCUUCCUGUCCGAAACUAGGCCCCGGAGUGUCUCAAUGUUUCCCGGACUGUGUGUGCGAAGACGCCUACAACAACACAUACGCCUGCGUCAGGUCCCUGGACGACAAAGUCAACCUGCAGUACUGUGAGUUUGCAGACAGCGAGUCGUUUGUGGAGGUGUACGACCUGAAGAAGGACCAACACCAGCUGGUGAACAUCGUGAAGACGGUGGAUCCGUCCGUCCUGCAGACCAUGAACCAGAGGCUCAUAAAGCUCCAGUCCUGCUCGGGGGACAGCUGCCGUAACGUCCACUGAAGACCAGGAGGAGGAGGAGGAAGACGCCGUAGGGAGGAGGGUGGGGUCGGUUUGUCUCGACUUCCAGUAUGAAGACACCGUUCUGAGGGGAAAACUGGCUAAACGUAAAGAGCGCUGGCUCUUUUAGUUCCAUUCAGCUGCUCCGGGUUCAGGGUCCAGAUGUUGUGCAAAACAGUCACAACUUAUUUAAAUAAUUUGCUCUUUUCACGAUGAUGUCUACAAAAUGUGUGUUCAGUGAGUGUAAAGCCACAGCUAGCAGUUAGCUUAGCAUAAAGACUGGAAACUGCUAGCCUGGCUGUGUGGGGUACAACUGUGAUUUGUAGUUUUUAUACUUUGAUUUAAUUAUAUUUCUACCAGCUGUACUGUUUUAUUUUCUUUUUUUUACAACAAGUUAUAAAAGGUUGUUUUCCUGAGCUGUGCUCACGUGUCUGAACCUUUCAGAGAGUUUAUUCUAGUUUAUGUUUGAAGCUCUCGUCCGUACUGUGAUGUGUUUCUGUGUAAACUGCAAAAUGAACCAGUCGAGGCGUCAAAACGUCGUCAGUCACAGAAACACGAGGGACUUUUGUUCUUGAACGACACUCAGCCAAAGGUUUCGAUCGUCCGUCUCUGCUCCAAUUAUGUUUUUGCUGAAUGUGUUUUCUCUCUGUUCCAUUUACACCUGAGACCAGCGGCUAGUUAGCUUAGCACAACACGUACCUGAAGCAGCUAAACUGGCUCUGUUAUAACACGUACACAAACAUCUACAUUAUUUAAUUACUUCAGACACUGAAGUGUUAAAAUGAGUUUUGCUUUCCUGCUAAGCGACGUUGUCCUCAAACUUGUGGCAACAUUUUCCAAAUGUUUUGUUUGAGUUUUGUUUUCUGACCCAGUUUGUGCCUUUAGAUUUAGAGAAUGGACUUUUUUUUUGUUUGUUUAGAAACGAUUUAAACCCUGAUGCUUGUUUGUUGUCGCUGUGAGAAUGAAUUCUGACUUUUGCCUUUUAUACGUUUUAAGAUGUGUUACCUAAAUGUGAGUAAUCUACCAAGGGAACUUUUUUUGCACGAUGACAUGUGAAAUGAACGCCUUAAAUCCCGUGUGCCUUGUGUUUGCACUGACCAGGUCAGUCCAUGCGAAUGAAUUUGCACUGUGUUGAAAGUGAUUAAAGAAAAUCAAAAGAAGC